AUGAAGCUCACAAAUCCCAAUGAUGUGCCGGUGUAUACCAUAUCGGGCGCCUCUACUGCGCGGCCGCUCCCCGACUGGCUCGCCCGGCAACGGAAGCGCAGCUUAAAGAACGACCCAGAGUAUGCCAAUCGAGUCGAGCUACUCCAAGAUUUCGAAUUCGAAGAAGCCAGUAACUGCAUCCGGGUCAGUGAAGAUGGGGAGUGGGUGAUGAGCACUGGCACCUACAAGCCGCAGAUUCAUACUCACUACCUUCCGCAUCUCUCCCUCUCGUUCGCUCGACAUACCGCGUCCCUUAACCACUCAUUCAUCCUCCUCUCGUCCGACUACUCCAAGUCUUUGCAUCUACAAACCGACCGAAGACUCCAAUUUCACACUCCUAUGGGUUGUCAUUAUGAGACUCGUCUUCCAAGAUAUGGCAGAGACCUUAUAUACGAUAGGCAAUCGGCUGAAGCUCUGGUUCCUUCGGUUGGCGUCAAUGCAGACGGCAGUGGCGAAGUAUACCGGCUAAACCUUGAGGUUGGGAGAUACAUGAAGCCAUACCAAGUAGAUGUGGGAGGUGACGAUUUAACGACCGCAGGAGGUGGUGCGCUGCAAGGGGGAAUAAAUACUGGGAGUGUUAAUACGGCAGCGAUCGCAGAAGAUAGCCAUAAUCUGCUCGCCUUUGGAACGUCCAUUGGAACUGUCGAGUUUUGGGAUCCGAGAUCAAAAGCGAGAGUUGGCAUUCUUCCGACGCAAGAUGGGGAAAUCACGGCUUUAGACUUCGACCGGUCAGGCCUUUCCCUUGCGACCGGCUCCUCUGAAGGGCUGGUGCAACUUUUCGAUCUCCGGCGGCCUGUGGCAAUGCUGCGCAAAGAUCAAGGAUAUGGCUAUCCCAUUAAAACGUUGAUGCAUAUGACGACGUCCUCUCAGGAAAAGAAGAUUCUUUCAGCCGACAAACGGAUCAUCAAGUUGUGGGAUGAAGCUGAUGGUAAGGCUUGGACAUCAGUCGAACCAGCGGUUGACAUCAACUCCGUGGCAUGGUGCAAGCAGAGUGGCAUGAUAUUAACGGCAAACGAAGGACAGCAACAACAUGCCUUCUUCAUUCCCCAGCUUGGCCCAGCACCAAAGUGGUGCUCUUUCCUAGACAAUAUGGUUGAGGAAAUGGCAGAGGAAGCUCCAGCCGAGACCUAUGACAACUACAAAUUCUUGACACUACCCGAACUCAAGGCGCUCAAUCUAGGCCAUCUUAUUGGGACAACCAAUCUACUGCGGCCAUACAUGCAUGGAUACUUUGUUGCCUCGAAACUUUACGAGGAGGCCCGUCUCAUUGCAAAUCCAUACAUAUGGGAUGACGAGCGGACGAAGAGAGUUAAAGAAAAGGUGGAGAAAGAAAGAGCUAGCAGGAUCAGAGGCGGCAAGAAGGUCAAUGUUAACCAGAACUUGGUCGACAAAAUGCUCAAGCGGCAAGAACGGAGGCAGACAGUUGACAAGGAAAUGGGUGUGCUGGGUGACGAGCGAUUUGGCAAGCUAUUUGAAGACGAGGAGUUUGCUGUGGAUGAAAGGAGUAGAGAAUUCCGGGCUCUAAACCCUAGUACCAAGGUUGGAGAUGCCGGCCCCUCGAAGGUCGCAAACGACUCCGACGAGCCAAGCGAAAGUGAAGAUAGCGACGAAGACGCAAUUAUCUCGAAGCCAGCGGCCAAACCCAAGCCGGAGAUGCGUAUUUCUUCUUCAUCUUACAAGAAAUCGGGACACCAGAGGCAAGACCGAGCUCUAGGAUCGCGCCAAGUUGGUACGGGUCGGACCGGCCGAAAUCAAAACGAAGUGGUUGGCGAACGGUCAAUUACAUUUGCACCAAGCUCAGGAAAGAAGGAGAUUGAGAAGGCGAAGCCAGUUGAGCGGAAGGGCAGACGUGAUGAGGGCAGACGAAGUGCAAGCGGCAACGUAUUUAGGAGGUUAUAA